UUUUUGCCAAAUUCAUUACCUACUACUCUGUGUGUCACGUCAGAAUGGGUGGAGUUCACUGAUGGCUGCAUCUCAGAAUGGACAUGUGGAGGUGGUGGACAAGUUAUUACAACAUGGAGCCACAGUAGAUCUUCAAGAUAAGGUAUAUCAAUUGCAAAACACUAUUUAAAAUAAUGAGUAAAUGUAAGUGACCACAUGAGAAAGGUUAAUCAUGUCUACUCAAUGCAAAAGUACGAUUUCAGCGUCAGGUUUAGCAUGGCAUGAUAUGUAAUCAUGUUAGUAUAAUACUCUCUAUAAAACCACCUAGAUGAUAAAACUACGAUUCAGAUUGGCUUAUCAUGGAUACUGAAUCAAAACCGUUUUUUUGCCAAAUUCAUUACCUACUACUCUGUGUGUCACGUCAGAAUGGGUGGAGUUCACUGAUGGCUGCAUCUCAGAAUGGACAUGUGGAGGUGGUGGACAAGUUAUUACAACAUGGAGCCACAGUAGACCUGCAAAAGAGGUACACACACUAUAUGUACAUACGCAAUGCUAGCAAACACGUGUGCAAAACGUAAUCUCAGAACAGUGAGGUGAAGGGAACAUGCAUACUUACUAUGAGCUCUCUGAAAAAGUCUGUCGUCUAGGUCAGGUGCACGAUCAGCAGCACAGCAGAUUUCAUCAGUCACAUAUACAUGUAGAAUCCAUCAUUUUCAAAAUAGCAUGUGGCUUCAUUGCUUGAAUUGAAUGUCUGUAUGUCGUUACCUACUACCCUGUGCCUCUUGUCAGGAUGGAGAUAGUUCACUGAUGGCUGCAUCUCAGGAGGGACAUGUGGAGGUGGUGGACCAGUUAUUACAACAUGGAGCCACAGUAGAUCUUCAACGUUCGAAUACAGGAUACACAGCUCUGAUGUUUGCCUGCAAGGGAGGUCAUCUGGACACAGUGAAGGUCCUCAUGGAACAUGGAGCUGACCCACUGAUCAGGAGUUUGGCGGGUGUGACAGCAUUGGGCGUUGCAUCUACUAAUGAGUUUCCUGAUGUCUGCAAUGAACUAAACCAGCCAGAUCGCACCACUGAUGUGGAGUAUCCUGAGACUUCCACAGAAAAAGAGGAAGUGGUGGAGGGAAAGAAGGUUCCAAAAGGAGAUUACAAACGAUACUUGAAGAUUCGUGCAUUACGAGCAACUCUAUGGAGAACUGGGAAAAGGAAAGUUAAAAGGAAGGUCAAAGCAGCAAUAGAAACAUUGUACUCUAACCUUAACUGAUAUUACAUGUGUCUGUUUAUUACCUGAAUAUCUUGGUUAUUAACAUAAUCAAGCGUAGCUAGUCAUCAAAGUACCACAAUACGACAGCGGACAUACACUAGCGAACGUGUUCUUGCUGACUUGGAAAAUUGUGCUGAAUUGUUCCAGCAAAAAGCAAUACUGGAUCAAGGAUAGUUAAAACAAUGGCAGUGAAGGAUGUGUACAGUUGAGAGACACUAAGUACCACUAUAAAUUAAGGAGUUCUUCGUCUUGGUCACGGGGUCUUCUCUUCCCUCCC